AUGGAGUUUGAUCGAUUAGGCUUUCCUUGCGUUUGUUUUCCUUGGCUCCCACGUUCAAAAGAAAUCGGCCCAAAGUCUUUGGGGUUGUGUCGCACAUCAAAGGCAAAGCAAAUAAAAAAAGAUAAUGAAGGAAGGGGCAAGGCAGCGUACAGGUUGAAGCCCACAUGUGAUCGUUGUCUUGUGUGGUGCUCGACGUCCGACAACAACAAGGCGAUAGAGGGAGGGUUGGACGAGUUUUAUGGAGUGCUCGAGUCUGUGAAUUCGAAUAAACUGGUGAAACCUUGAAAACUUCAAUAAAGUCCAAGGCUUGAAGUAAAAAGGAGAACUCACUUCAAAACAAAAGGUGAGUUGACAAUUUUUGUUGACUUUAGUGCAUAACCGAAAACCACAUCUCAUGGGUGGAUUGUUGAUGCAAAUCAGGAAUCAUGCUACAUUUAUAAAUGCUUGUGAUAAUUGUUGAAAAUAUGUUGUUUGCAUCUUAUGUAUGGUUAUUCCUUGGUAUCGGCUGA